ACUCACGUGACCCGAGAGGUCACGUGAGCCUCAUUCUGAUGCGGUUUGAAUGUGAUUUGUAUGUAAACGCGCAUAACGGCUCCAGUAACGGCUGCGGUAGAAGACGGUCAUUAAUUGAUUAUUUGAGUUGACCGUGAUGGAUGCGGAGUUUGAUAAGUCUCUUCUCAGAGUCCACAUAAACUACAAUAACUUCCCGGCUAAGUUGUGGCGUCUGAUAAACAAUCCCCAAAACGACUCGGUCUUCUGGAGCCCAAAUGGAGAGAGCGUGAUCGUCGACCAGCAGCGGUUCGAGGACGAGUUGCUGUCGCCGGUCAAACAAGACGCUAAGCUGUUCAAGACCACCAACUUCACCAGCUUCAUCCGGCAGCUCAACCUCUACGGCUUCCGGAAGGUUUAUGACAGGUCCUUCAAGGACAGACGCCGAAACCUGCACCACUUCCACAAUCCCGUCUUCAAACAGGGUCGGCCAGAGCUUCUGGUGCACAUGAAGAGGCUGACCAUCAGUAACAAGGCCAAGAUGGAGGCCGGAGAGGAGGUGACCUGUCGUCCCCCGCGCCGCGACCAUCAGCAGUCUCAACACAACACUACAGAUGCAAAGAGAGGUUUUGCAGACACAAAUCAGCACUUUGGUUCUGUGUCGCAUCAGCAGAUGGGGUCUGACCGAAGCCCGAUCCCUCCGCACUCCUGGAUCAUUCCUUACAGUGAUGUGCCUCCCUUCUACUCUAACAAAGGCAUCCCAGUUUCUGUCAUCCGCCUCAAUCCGUACAACACUCCUUACAGGAUCCAGUCCGGUCCUGGUGCUCUGUUUCCACAGGAGCCUAAAUAUAUACCUCAUCAGCUGUCCUAUCCUCCUGGAUUUUACUCGCCAGUAGUUUGUCAGUGUUGCACUGCUGGUUUUAUUGAAGCAGAUCGAGCAGGUGCAGAUCAAACAGCUCUACCAUAUUCACACUAUGCUUAUUACCCGCAGAACUAUUCACAGAGCCACCAUCACAACAGCAUCCAAACAGCAAACUGGCCCGCACACGUUACUCCUGAGUCUCAGCGGGGCGACGUGAACCUAGACAGGGUGUUCCAGAUGGUGGAUGAGUUCCAGGGCUUGCCCAACGUCCACGUAGUCCGAGUGAGCACCCCUGUGAACGGCCAGCACACCUCCAGCCCAUCUCUCUGCACUCUACCUGCUGCCUCUAAACCUGACCCCGACAGUCCUCAGAGCUCCAGGAUAGACACUGCAGCAUCCAUUCCUGUGAGAGACGAGCGUCCCUCUGCCAUGGCCUGCAGUGUGGGAGCUCAGUACAUCAAACUGGAGUCUGAGGGGCAUGAUGCUGGAGCCAGCCAACUCAAAGAAGAUGAUUCAGCAUCCCUGGAGGCCUCAGAAAAGGUCAAAAGACGCUGGUAUUGUCUUAGUUGGUCUUUAAGUGUGUGUUGUUUUACAGUACCAAAAAAUACAGUAUCACAAACUAUAAAGCCUACUUAAAUUAAAACGGAGCCUUCAAUACUCUGUAAUCAGGCUGCUACAGAUCAGAAAGUGACAGCAGAGCAAGACUCACUACAGCUAUUCUAGGUAGGACAGUUUCAGAUUAUAUAACACCCUUGAAUUAUGUUUUUGCACAAUCAUUUAUUUAUUUUUUGUAACUUUUUAUGACUUUAUGCUUGUUAUGAUCCACAGAUGACAGGCAGGAUUCAUCAGCAUAUGCAAAUGACAAGCAUCACAAAGCUAUUACUUAUUUAAUUUUAAGUAUUGUUAUUAGUUAUAUAUGUUAUUUACAGUAUUUAAAAAAUUGUAUGAACUAUUUAAGAAACUUUUGAAGAAGUGUUAAGUUAAUAUUGCUUGCUGUUUUUUUGAAAGUU